AUGACUUGCGGUAGAGAUUUCAUGGAGAACCCACUAGUAAAGCAACAAACCACAGGUGAAUUGGCGGAAACCCGUCCCGGCGCUAGAGCCGCUCCUGAGGACGCGAUGAGCGCAUUGAGUGACUCGGGCUUCGAGGAGGCUCUUCACGCGUCGGGCUCUGAGCUGCAGGAGUGUGACGAUGAGGAGGAGAGCUGCUUCAUCAUCCAGAGACACAACGAGCUGCCGUUCCUGGCGCACAACUGCCUCGCGCGACAGCCGCAGAUUACAGCAGAGGCUCGCAGCAAACUGGUCAGCUGGCUCAUAGCUGUACGCAGACAGCUCAAACUCUCGUUCGAAUCGUGCUGUUUGGCUGUUAAUAUCAUGGACCGUUUCUUGACCACAACCUCAGUAGCUGCAGACUGUUUCCAGUUACUGGGAGUGACGUCUCUGCUGAUCGCCACAAAACAGGUUGAAGUGUAUUCACCUCGCAUCACACAACUUCUGUUGCUUUGCUGCAAUUCUUUUUCCAGAGAGCAGCUGUGCAAUCUCGAAUGCCUAAUCCUUCUCAGACUCAACUUCAGACUGGCUGCACCUACCCAUGCUUUCUUUCUGGACUACUUCACCAGUCGCACUACUGGAUAUCAGACUGAUGGAGCCAUGGAUAAGAUGGUCACUACACAGGACAGAAAUGCAUGGAAGGAGCCCCAGAAGACGUGGAAAUGGUUGGCUUGCAAAGUCUGUGAACUGAGUUUGGCUGACUACACGUUUAACAAGUAUACGCCGUCUGUGAUUGUGCUGUGUGCUGUGAAACUGGCAAAAGAUCUGCUGAAGACGCAUUCAGCGCAGCCCACAGACAACAAGGCUGGCUCGUCAAAGACAUUGGAGUCGUUCGGUUUUCAAGAGUAUGCAACAUUUGGAGCUCAGCUUUUGGUUCAGCAAUGCACAGAAGAUCUGAAAUUGUUGCUUUCUCUUAAUCAAGACGCAGUCCAGGACUUCAUAGCACCAUUAUAUUAG